AUGGCCAGCGUCCACGAAGUCAUCAUCACUCCCCCGGCGAAAUUAGUAGCACUUAAUCCAGACGAAUUGCCAAUAGACCUUGACAAUGAUGAUGAGCAGAAAAAUCCAGACAUGAUACAUAUUAAUAACAGUGAUGAAGACAAGCAGAAAAACCCUUCCACAUUGGGUCAACCCCCCCCCCCCCUCACUCCUGACGCCAUAGAUACUGCUGAUACCCUUUACUUCCAUCUCGGAUCUGAAGGAGACAGGUGGACAUGGGAAGCACCAGCAGUCCACCGCGAUCUUCAAAACAGAACCGGUAUCCGCACCCCCGCCCGCCAACAGAGGCCAAGCUCAAAAAGAAACCAAAAGAUCUACCGCAGAAGACCUGCAUUGCCUACCAAAGCUCCCGAUUAA